CGGGGGAAGCUCAGUGCGCAGGCGCAGCUCCUCGGCUCCGCUAGCCCCGGCGGUCCGGCCCAGCUCUCGCGGACAAGUCCGGACAUUGCGCGCCCCCGGCCUCUGGGACCGCCCCCUCCCAGCUCUCGGCGUCGUCGAAGAUAAACAAUAGUUGGCCGGCGAGCGCGCGGUGUGUCUCCCGCCGCCGGAUUCGGCGGGCUGCGUGGGACCGGCGGGAUCCCGGCCAGCCGGCCAUGGCGGGGCUGUACUCCCUGGGAGUGAGCGUCUUCUCCGACCAGGGCGGGAGGAAGUACAUGGAGGACGUUACUCAAAUCGUUGUGGAACCCGAACCGACGGCGGAAGAAAAGCCCUUGCCGCGGCGGUCGCUGUCUCAGCCAUUGCUUCCGCGGCCGUCGCCCCCCGCUCCUCCCGGCGGCGAAGUCUCGGGGACAGGCCCAGCGGUGGCAGCCCGAGAGGCUCGCGACCCUCUCCCGGCCGCCGGGGCCUCGCCGGCGCCUGGCCGCCGCUGCCGCCGCCGUUCCUCCGUGGCCUUUUUCGCCGUGUGCGACGGGCACGGCGGGCGGGAGGCGGCACAGUUUGCCGGGGAGCACUUGUGGGGUUUCAUCAAGAAGCAGAAGGGUUUCACUUCGUCCGAGCCGGCGAAGGUGUGCGCUGCCAUCCGCAAAGGCUUUCUCGCUUGUCACCUGGCCAUGUGGAAGAAACUGGCGGAAUGGCCAAAGACUAUGACAGGUCUUCCCAGCACAUCAGGGACAACUGCCAGUGUGGUCAUCAUACGGGGCAUGAAGAUGUAUGUAGCUCACGUAGGUGACUCAGGGGUGGUUCUUGGAAUUCAGGAUGACCCGAAGGAUGAUUUUGUCAGAGCUGUGGAGGUGACACAAGACCAUAAGCCAGAACUUCCCAAGGAAAGAGAACGAAUCGAAGGACUUGGUGGGAGUGUGAUGAACAAGUCUGGAGUGAAUCGUGUAGUCUGGAAACGACCUCGGCUCACUCACAAUGGACCUGUUCGAAGGAGCACAGUUAUUGAUCAGAUUCCUUUUCUGGCAGUAGCAAGAGCACUUGGUGAUUUGUGGAGCUAUGAUUUCUUCAGUGGUGAGUUUGUGGUGUCACCUGAACCAGACACAAGUGUCCACACUCUGGACCCUCAGAAGCACAAGUAUAUUAUAUUGGGGAGUGAUGGACUUUGGAAUAUGAUUCCACCUCAAGAUGCCAUCUCAAUGUGCCAGGACCAAGAGGAGAAAAAAUACCUGAUGGGUGAGCAUGGACAAUCUUGUGCCAAAAUGCUUGUGAAUCGAGCAUUAGGCCGCUGGAGACAGCGUAUGCUCCGAGCAGAUAACACUAGUGCCAUAGUAAUCUGCAUCUCUCCAGAAGUGGACAAUCAGGGAAAUUUUACCAAUGAAGAUGAGUUAUAUCUGAACCUGACUGAUAGCCCUUCCUAUAACAGUCAAGAAACCUGUGUGAUGACUCCUUCCCCAUGUUCUACACCACCAGUAAAGUCACUGGAGGAGGAUUCAUGGCCACGACUGAACUCCAAGGACCAUAUACCUGCCCUGGUUCGUAGCGAUGCCUUCUCAGAGAAUUUUUUAGAGGUUCCAGCUGAGAUAGCUCGAGGGAAUGUCCAGGGUGUGGUCAUGCCCUCAAAAGAUCCAGAACCACUUGAAGAAAAUUGUGCUAAAGCCCUGACUUUAAGGAUACAUGAUUCUUUGAAUAAUAGCCUGCCAGUUGGCCUUGUGCCUACUAAUUCAACAAACACUGUCAUGGACCAAAAAAAUUUGAAGAUGUCAACUCCUGGCCAAAUGAAAGCCCAAGAAAUUGAAAGAACCCCUCCAACAAACUUUAAAAGGACAUUAGAAGAGUCCAAUUCUGGCCCCCUGAUGAAGAAGCAUAGACGAAAUGGCUUAAGUCGAAGUAGUGGUGCUCAGCCUGCAAAUCUCCCCGCAACCUCGCAGCGAAAGAACUCUGUUAAACUUACCAUGCGACGCAGACUUAGGGGCCAGAAGAAAAUUGGAAAUCCUUUACUCCAUCAACACAGGAAAACUGUUUGUGUUUGCUGAAAUGCAUCUGGGACAUGAGAUUUUUCCAACUUGGGAUAUAAGAGGGCUUUUUAAAUUUGGUGCCGAAGUUGAACUUUUUUUAAGGGGACAAAAUUAAAAGAAUAUACAGUUCGACUUUUUGGAAUUCAGCAAUUUUAUCCUGGCCUUGUACUUGCUUGUAUUAUAAAUGUGAAUUUUGUAGUUGUUAGGGUAUAAGUUGCUGUAAAAUUUGUAUAAAUUUGUACGCACACAAAUUCAGUCUCUUCCUCUGAUACACAGUAAUUGUGACAACAGGGCUAAAUGUUUAAAGAAAUCAAAAGAAUCUAUUAGAUUUUAGAAAAACAUUUAAACUUUUUAAAUGCUUAUUAAAAAAUUUGUAUAAGCCACUUGUCUUGAAAACUGCGCAACUUUUUAAAGUAAAUUAUUAAGCAGGCUGGAAAAGUGAUGUAUUUUCAUAGUGACCUGUGUUUCACUUCAUGUUUCUUAGAGACAAGUAUCUUUCAAACAUUUUUAAUUUCUGAUUUCAUAAUUCAGAGCUAAAUUUUUCAUAGAAGUAUUGAGCUAUGCUACAGUAAGUCUUGUCCCAAUUAAAAUACUAUGCAGUAUCUCUUACAUCAGUAGCAUUUUUCUAAAACCUUAAUCAUCAGAUAUGCUUACUAAAUCUUCGGCAUAGAGGAAAGUGUGUUUGCCAAAAAUAAUUCCCUUCUUUUUCAUACCAUACCAAUGGCAUUGUUAGGUCUUAAAGUAGUUACUGCCUUCUUGUGUUUGCUUAAAAUAUGUGAAGUUUUCCUUGCUAUUUCAAUAACAGAUGGUGCUGCAAAUUCCCAACAUGUCUUUAAAUUAUUUUAUAUCAUACAGUUUUCAUUGAUUAUAUGUGUAUACGUUCAUCUAAUCAGUGAACUGUUCUUCAUGUUGCUG